UCACAGGGCCAGAAACACCCGGUCGAGCAGCUCCUCCUCACCCACCACCUUUUUGGCCAUGAAGUCGUUCCACGCCUUCACCCAGCCGCCCAACCACCCGCACACCCCCAUCCCCUCCGUGCCCUCAGACUCGCUCUCGCUCUCGCCCUCGCUCUCCAGGUCGCUGAUCGUCACCUCAGUCCACCCAUCCCCCUUGAUGGUGUCGGGUGUGGCGGUGGUCGUCUCAUUGCCGGCUUCGGCCACAUCUGAGCAGACAGGCCCGUCGUGUGUGAGACAACUUGGUGGUUUGGCAGGUGUUCGGUGCUUACCGACGGGCCAUAUGACGAGCGACGGGCUGUUCGUCACAUGGGUGUCACCAGAGAUAGAGAUGGAGGUGGUGAUGGCGUGGCCUCUGCGGGGCGCACUGGCCGACGCCUUUCUCGACACGCGCUUCUUGCAUGAGGACACACCUAUGAGAAAGGAUAAUGGGUGGAUGAAGUGUUGCGCCCUUUUGCUUUGCGGUGCAACUCACUCUUUGCCACGGCGUGGGUGUUCCGCUUCUUGGCCUUCUUGUGUGACGGCAGCUGCAGGUACUGAUCCAUCUCCGCCCUCUCCCAUCCCUCCGUCAACUCAUCUGCAGGAAUGGAAUCCCGGACACAGAGAGAACAGCCAGGCAGGAAGUGAGAGAUGAGAAGGAGAGAGAGAGCGAAGUCACUCUCUGUGCACAUGGCGUGGCGUGUGGUGUGUGUAUUGUGCUCACCGUCCUUCGUUCUGUCUGUGGUCUUGAGUUCUUCGGCCUCCACGCUCAU